AUGCACAAGGCCACGCAGGGCCAGAGUUUUGGCGAGCUGCGCCGGCAGCUGCAGGCUGGCAAGCUGGGCCUGCGACAGUGCAACGCAGCCAUCAGUUCCUUGGGGCAGAAGCAGCAAUGGCAAGCAGCGCUGCAACUUUUCGAGGACCUGGAGUUUGCUUCGAUCCAGCGGAGCGUCGUCUCCUUCGGUUCUGGCAUCAGCGCGUGUGGAAGGGCGAAGCAGUGGCAAAGGGCCCUGGUGCUUCUCGACGACAUGCUGCAGCUCCUUCUGGCCCCCGGUGUGAUCGAGUUCUGUUCCGCCAUCACCACCUGCGCCAGCUCGGGAGCCUGGAGGAAGGGUAUGGAGCUGGUAGCUUUGAUGCGUGGCCAGGUGGUCCUCAUGGACGUCGUGGCAUACAACGCAGCCAUCAACUGUUGUGAGGGCCACUGGGAGCAUGCUGUGGGGUUUCUACAGGAGAUGCAGGACGCAACUAUGGAGCCUUCCCUAGUUAGCUACAGCAGCUCCAUCAGCUGCUGUGAGAAGGGCGCCGAUGCUGCCGCUGCCCUUCUCCUUCUCGAGGCGCUCCGCCAGGCGGGACACGAGCCCAACGCGAUCGCUUGCAGCGCCGCUGUAAGUGCUUGUGAAAAGGGCCAGCGGUGGACAUCAGCUCUCGACAUGCUAAGGUUCAUGUCGCGUAUCGGGCCAGAGCCGGAUGUUGUCGCCUUUGCGGCGGCUGCUGCGGCCUGCGGUGCGGGGCAGCAGUGGCGGGAAGCCACGGGGAUUGCGGCGCAGAUGGCUGCGGCUUCGGUGGCUGGCAACCGGAUCCUGGUAAACUCUUUGAUCUCUGCCUGCGAAAAGCCGCUGCAGUGGCGGCGCGCAGUGGAUGUGCUGGCAGGGAUGCGCCGCGGUGGACCGCGGCCGGAUGUCGUCAGCUACAGCGCCACGUUGAGCGCCGGGGAGAAGUCGGAAGAAUGGAGAUGUGUCCUGCAGCUCUUUGGAGGAAUGGGCCAUGCCUCCGUCACCCGCGGCCUGGUGUCCUUCGAUGGGGCUCUGAGCGCCUGCGCUCGGAAGGCUCAAUGGAGUCGCGGUCUUUGCCUACUCUCCGAGCUGCGUGGCCUCCGCCUGACGCCGAACACCAUCACCUACACGGCCAGCCUGGAGGCCUGUGCCAACCACCCGGUCGUGGUCCUGGACCUCCUCGGCGAGAUGCGGCGCAGCCGCUGCGCACUGGAUGCGGUCGCAUAUGCCACGGCAGCUGCUGCUUGCGAUGGUUCGAGCAAUGCUGGGGCACUGCUUGAUUGGCUCCUGGGCUGCGAGCAGGCGAGCCUGCAGCUUCUUCAGUCGUAG